UUCUUUUUGUUCAUUUCAUUUCCCUGAUCUCCAAUGGAAGAAGUUUGGAAGGAUAUUACACUCUCUUCUCUCCACUCAAGAUCCGACCAAGAUUUCUCCGCCGCCGCCACUCCGAUCAGCCUCCACCUCCACCACCACCACGCCAGCUCCGCUUCCAACUUCCGCGGCAUCAUCCUCCAAGACUUUCUCUCUUCCUCCACUUCAAAAAAUGAUUCCUCCGCCGCAGCCGCCGCCACGGCUGCGGCGGCGCCACCCACUGUCUUGACCUUGAAUUCCGCCGGGGAAUUGCAUUUUCCCGACAACGUCAACCCCGCCGCCCACUUCCGCCCCCACUGCCACCCCAUGAUCCCCUCCUCCUUCCACGGCCCCUUCGAUCAGGUUCUCGGCCCGCCGCCCUUCGCCAAGAAAAGGGUCCCUGAUUCCGAUUGCCAUGCUAACUCCGGCGAUCGGCGGCAGAAGCGCAUGAUCAAGAACCGCGAAUCCGCCGCCCGAUCCCGAGCUCGAAAACAGGCGUACACUAACGAGCUGGAGCUUGAAGUGGCACAUUUGAUGGAGGAGAAUGCGAAGUUGAGAAGACAACAAGAAGAGUUACGAGCAGCGGCAGCAGCCCAAGUGCCCAGAAAACACAGGCUGCAGAGAACAUCAACGGCGCCGUUUUGAGUAAGCGUCGGGGUGGAGGCGGGCUCUCUAUAGUUUAAUUUGUAGCAAAAAGGGGAGAAAUUUGUUGCCCCUUUUGAUCUGAGAGUUCAAAAAUUAAUCUCUGUGUUUUGUUUUUUGGGUGUGAAGUAAAGGGAUGAAUGGAACCCUAAUUCUUUCAUAUGCCCUUUUGGUUUUAGGAAACAUUAACAUUAGAGAGACCUAAUUUUCAACCUUCUUGUGCUGACUGCUGAAGAUCAUUUGUU